AUGAUGUCGAAGAUUAAUUCGAUCAUGGGUCACGACCUGGGGUGGUUACCGCGCCGCAACUUGGGCGUUCCGAAAGAGAUUGGUCAGCUGGGCAGGAACUCAAGCCUAAGAUGUGCGCCUCCACACGGGCAAGAAUUCACAACUUUAAGCCUACUUAGAACUCGACCGAUGUCUCAAUACCGGUAUAAAAGCGACCCGUUUCGGUCAUCACCCCGCGCACGGCCAUGGCUCCGUGCUAGAUGGACGCUGCUAACAAAGGCUUCUGUUGAGGAACCGCAGCAAGUGCGAACUUCGAUAGCCAACGCCCCGCGGGAUGUGGAGGCUCACUCGCCAAGGCACCUGGCGGAGGUCGCUACUACGGAGGUGUCCGUCGAAGGUAAUGUGCCCACAAGCCCCGCAGACCCGCAAGGAUGCGUCCCUCCUAGCGGUAGGGGACCAAGCGCCCCUCCCUACAAUGAGAUCCGUGCUCUGGAUGCGGAGAUUCUGUCGAUUGGGCUGCCGAUGCUGGCCACCUUGGCCGCUGACCCCAUCGCGGGCCUGGUGGACAGCGCCUACAUGGGGCGGGCGGGUUCAGCCCAGCUCGCGGCAGUGGGGGUGGCCCUCAGCAUCUUCAACACAGCCACCAAACUCUUCAACGUACCCUUACUAGCUGUAACAACUAGCGCGGUGGCAAAGGCAACUGGGGAGGCGCGAAGGGCAGUGGAGGCAGCGGCCGCGGCGGCAAUCGGCGCUGGGGGCACGGCCGCCAACAAUACAGCUUCGACGGCGGCGGCAGCUCUCUCGGCGGCGGCUUGUGUGAAGGCCGGCGCUGCCGCAGCAGCCGCCGUGCCCCACCUCGACGCUGACUCGGCGGUAGCGGAUACCGGCCGCCCUGUUGUCGCCACCGCAGCUGUGGGAGACGACGACAGCGGCACAGGUAACGGUGCCGGCGGCACGGCUGCAGCUGCAGCGGGGGCGGCUGCUGAGGCGGCAGGAGCAGCCGCCGUGGCGGCUGUCUCGGCGCAGGCGCGUGCUGCAUCCGCGUGCAUUUGGUUGGCGGUACUUGUGGGGUUGUUGCAGGCUGUGCUGCUGGUGGGUGCGGGUCCUCGGCUGGUGGCUAUGUGGGGUGUGACGGCCACCUCCCCAGUGGCCCAACCCGCUCUGGGCUUCCUGCUGGUGCGGGCGGUUGGGGCGCCAGUCACCAUACUCAUGCUCACGUUGCAGGGUGUGUUCCGCGGGCUACAGGACACGCGCACCCCCCUUCAAGCCACCCUGGUCUCCAAUGCCAUCAACAUCGCCCUGGCACCCAUGCUCAUAUUCGGGGCGGGACUGGGAGCGGUGGGGGCCGCAGUCGCCACAGUGGCGGCUCAGGCCAUACCCCUGGUGCUCAUGGCCCGAGAGCUCAGACGGAAACUCGUGCUGCAUACCCCGCAAGCGCAGGGGCACGGGCAGGUGCAGCAGGUGCAACAGCAGAAACAGCCCCGACAGCCAGCCCAGGGUUGGAGCUGGUCUCAGGUGACGGACGUGCUGCCGCUGUUUAAGCCCACAGGCUUCCUGGUUCUCCGCAGCGUCUCCGUGAGCGCCACGUACGCGUUCGCUACCACGCUGGUGGCCCGGGCGGGGGCGGCGGUGACUGCGAGCCACCAGAUAUGCUUCCAGCUAUGGCUAGCCUGCUCCCUGCUCGCGGAUGCUCUGGCGGUUGCGGCCCAGUCGCUCAUGGCUCGUGACCUGGGAUCAGGCAGUGUGUCAGGAGCCCGCAUGGUGGCGGGCAGGGUGGGCAGUCUCAGUGUGGGACUGGGGCUGCUGCUGGCGGGCGGCCUGGCGGCUUGUGGGGCCCAGCUGCCCGGAGUGUUCAGUUCAGACCCGGAGGUGCUGAGGCUAGUGGGAGCGCUCUUCCCGGUCAUUGCAGCCACACAGCCAAUCACAGUGUUGGCCAUGGCAUGGGACGGCAUCUUGUACGGGGCGGGCGGCUUCCGGUACGCUGCCGUAUCCAUGGCCUUAGCUGCACUGCCCGCAAUAGCGCUCAUGCAAUUUGGUGGCGGUGCCGUACAUUGGAUUGCGGGGCCGCUGGGUGUGGGCGCGUCGGAACCGAUGGCGGCGGCGCCAGGCGGCGCGCCGCAGCUGGCGUCUGAGGAGCAACUGUGGUUGGUGUGGGCGGGCCUGGCAGUGCUGAUGCUGUUGCGUUGGUUGACAAUUGCAGUGCCGUAUGCUGCACGAAUAGGGCCUUUCAGGCAGUUGCGUGGCGAGGGCUUGUGA